CAUGGCUUUUCGCUUCCACAUAGCUGCAGCCAUCUUGGCACUUGUUUUCACAAUUGUCCAUGCAUCUGAUCCAAGUCCAUUGCAGGAUUUUUGUGUCGCAGUUCCUGAUGCCAAUGCCGGCGGUGUAUUUGUCAAUGGAAAGAUAUGCAAGGAUCCAAAGCUUGUGGAACCCGAAGAUUUCUUCUUUCAAGGGCUAAACAAGCCGGGAAGCAUAUCAAAGCCACUCGGGUCCAAUGUAACACAAGUAAAUGUGAACCAAAUUCCAGGACUCAACACUUUAGGUGUUUCCUUAGCACGCCUCGACUUUGCGCCUUAUGGUUUGAACCCUCCCCACAUUCACCCUCGUGCUACCGAGGUCCUCUUUGUUUUGGAGGGCACUCUUCUUGUUGGCUUCGUUACUUCGAAUCCGGGCAUGAACAUGAAGAACAAGCUCUUCACCAAGGUUUUGAAUCCAGGAGAUGUGUUUGUGUUCCCGCAAGGCCUCAUUCAUUUCCAAUUCAACCAAGGAGAGACCGACGCUGUUGCUUUUGCUGGUUUUGGCAGCCAGAAUCCAGGAGUCAUCACCAUUGCCAAUGCUGUAUUCGGAUCAGAUCCUCCCAUUUCUCCUGAUGUUCUUGCCAAAGCAUUCCAGGUUGGAAACGAUGUCAUCAAAAAACUUCAGUCACAAUUUUGGUGGGAUAACAACUACCCUUAAAUAAUAUAUAUGGGUAUCUCUUGAAAUUAAAGGAGCUUCAGGGUGCAAUUAAUAGUAAUGUGUUAAAGCAUAAAUAAUUGGGUCCUUCAGACCUUGACCUCCUUACUGAUGUACUUUAAACUAUAGAUUAAAUACUCGUAGUAUUUGGACCCUUUUGUAUUACUACAUCAA